UGAGACUAUACCACAGGGACACACUCAGGACGAAUGACCACCCCAGACGGCGUCAAGGUCUCGAACAAGUUCGCAGCCCCGCUCGAUGGCUCGCAGUUCGACAUGGGCGUGACGCUGGGUACCGGUUCCUUCGGUCGUGUGCGCUUCGCGACGCAUAAAGCAACCAACACGUACUGGGCUAUCAAGAUCUUGAAAAAGGCCGAGAUCAUUCGAUUGCAACAAGUGGAGCACAUGCUCUCGGAGAAGUCCAUCUUGCUAUGUUUGGACCACCCGUUCAUCGUCAACUUGGCAGGCACGUUCCAGGACACCAAGUACUUGUACAUGGUGCUCGAGUAUGUGAUCGGUGGUGAGUUCUUCACACACCUUCGAAAGGCUGGGCGGUUCGACAACAACACGGCAAAGUUUUACGCAGCACAGGUCGUGUCCAUCUUCGAGUACAUGCACAGUCAGGAUUUCAUCUACCGCGACUUGAAGCCCGAGAACUUGCUACUAGACAACGAGGGUUACAUCAAGAUCACCGACUUCGGAUUCGCCAAGCGAGUCGCGUUCAAGACGUACACGCUUUGCGGUACACCCGAGUACAUCGCGCCGGAGGUGUUACUAAACAAGGGACACGGCAAGGGAGUGGAUUGGUGGACACUGGGCAUCUUGCUCUAUGAAAUGCUCGCAGGACAGCCACCUUUCUGCGACGACGACCCCAUGGGCAUUUACCAGCAAAUUCUUUCAGGAAAGCUCAACUUCCCGCGUUUUUUCGACCGCAACGCCAAGGGACUUAUCAAGCGCAUGCUCACAGCCGACCUAACGAAACGGUACGGUUGUCUUAAGAACGGAGUCGAGGACAUCAAGAAGCAUAAGUUCUUCACUGGUAUUAAUUGGGAAGACCUACUAGCGCGCAAGGGCGCCGCUCCGAUUAUCCCACGUGUCGGCACGGCCAACGAUACGUCCAAUUUCGAUCCGUACCCAGACUCCAUGGAGGAUGCGAUUGUUCCCGUUUACAACGGCAAGGAUCCCUUUGCCGAGUUUUAGACGAUACCCCGACGAUGAAAAUGGUACGAAAAUGCAUUGAGUACAUUGCAGUGCGAGCUUCAUGCAAAGUAGAGGAGGCGUUGAAGAGAAUUCAAGCAAGAAAUUAUGGUCGACAAGGUCAUGCAUUUCUAUUUAUCGCGAUAAUGCGGCGGAAGAGAGGGUCAACGACUGCAGUGCUUGUUUGAUCUCGUAGUAAUAGGUCGUCAGACUGGCUUUGACAUCGCC